AUGAAGACGAUACACGCUGUGGCUGCCCUGACCGUGGCAGCGGCCUCGGCCGUUCAGGCCAUGAUCACUUGCGACUCAAACAACCCUUGCCCUUCCAGCGCUCCGUGCUGCUCGUCAUACGGAUUCUGCGGUGUUGGCGCAUACUGUUUGGGAGGAUGUUACCCCAAGGACUCUUUCAGCAUGGACUCGUGCAUGCCUGCACCUGUCUGCAAGUCGUCCGACUAUGAUUUCGACAACAUGAACGGCUUCAUCGAGAACACAGAAUACCUGGGAGACCCGACUAGCGGAAACUGGGUCUUCUCUGGAGACCCGUUGAUGUACAACAACGAGGCUGUCUUGCUCACCAUGGCUGCCGAUACAUCAGGCACUCUUUUGAGUAGCACACGCUACGUCUGGUACGGCAAGAUGAGUGCCACCAUGAAGACCAGCCGUGGUGCCGGCGUUGUCACUGCUUUCAUCAUGAUGAGUGACGUCAAGGAUGAGAUCGAUUUCGAGUUCAUUGGUACCGAUAUUGAGACUGCUCAGAGCAACUACUACUUCCAAGGAAUUACUGAUUACGGCAACGAGAAGAACCUUUCUGCGCCCAACACUGACUCAACAUGGCACACUUACACAAUCGACUGGCAGCCCGACUCGCUCAGCUGGGAGGUUGACGGCCAGGUUCUCCGCACUCUGUAUCGUAACGAGACUUACAACGAGACCGCCGGCCAGUACCACUACCCCCAGACCCCUUCCAGAGUCCAAUUCAGUUUGUGGCCUGCUGGUAAGGCUGGUAACGCUCAGGGUACUAUUGAGUGGGCUGGUGGUGAGAUUGAUUGGAACAGCCCGUACAUGCAGAACGGUUAUUACUAUGCCAUGGUCAAGGAUGUCACUGUUGACUGCUACAACCCUCCCUCUGGUUACAACAACCAGGGCAACAAGGCUUACUGGUACGAGAACAAGUACGGCACCAACGACACAGUCGUUGUUGGCAACAACAAUACCAUCUUGUCCUCUUUCCUCGCCACUGGUGAGGAUCCCAACAAGGGUGCCAGCUCGAGUAAAUCAUCUACUGCUACUAAAAGCGGCAGCCAGUCAUCAUCUUCAUCUUCUGCCACCGCUCAGCCCGAGACCAUCCCUGGUGUUUCAGGCGGUGGUUCGCGCGAAUCUGGCAGUGAUGUUGGUAGUGGCUCCUCGUCUUCUGGCAACAGUGGUUCGUCGGGCUCUUCGGGCUCAUCAGGCUCCGCGGAUUCUGGCUCCUACUCAGGAGGCUCUAGCUCGUUCUCACAGGGCUUGGAGACCGGUAGCGGCACCAACGACGGGAGCAGAGUGGUCGCAGGCAGCCUUGUUGCGCUUGUGGCCUUCUUUGCUGCUGCCAUGAUGCUGUAA